AUGUCUCCUUUAACCAAACCUCAAGCACUGGAGGAGGUCCUUCCUAGCCCUGAGGAGAAACCGAAAGGAAAGCCACUACUUUCCUGGGGUUCUCUGUUUGGCCAUCGCAAUGAGAAAAUUGUCUUUACCCAAAGUGACAGUAUCCCUGAGGAGAAUGUGCUCACCAUCACCAUCACCGAGACCACUGUCAUCGAGUCAGACCUGGGUGUCUGGAGCUCCCGGGCCCUCCUCUACCUCAUCCUGUGGUUCUUCUUCAGCUUCUGCACCCUCUUCCUCAACAAGUACAUCCUGUCUCUGUUGGAAGGGGAACCCAGUAUGCUAGGUGCUGUACAAAUGCUGUCCACCACACUCAUUGGCUGCGUCAAGAUUUUCGUCCCUUGCUGUUUGUAUCAGCACAAAACCCGCCUUUCCUACCCGCCUAACUUCAUCAUGACCAUGCUGUUUGUGGGACUCAUGAGGUUUGCAACGGUAGUGUUGGGGCUGGUCAGCCUGAAGAAUGUGGCAGUGUCCUUUGCUGAGACAGUAAAGAGUUCGGCACCUAUUUUCACUGUGAUCAUGUCCCGGAUGAUCCUGGGGGAAUACACGGGACUGCUGGUCAACCUCUCCCUCAUCCCAGUCAUGGGAGGGCUAGCGCUGUGCACUGCCACUGAACUGAGCUUCAAUGUCCUAGGCUUUUCUGCUGCUUUGUCCACCAACAUCAUGGACUGUCUUCAAAAUGUUUUUUCAAAAAAGCUCCUCAGUGGGGACAAGUACAGGUUCUCGGCCCCGGAGCUGCAAUUCUACACCAGCGCCGCUGCUAUGGCCAUGCUUAUUCCAGCCUGGAUCUUCUUCAUGGAUAUGCCAGUGAUUGGGAGGAGUGGGAAGAGCUUCCGGUACAAUCAGGAUGUGAUGCUCCUGCUGUUGAUGGACGGCGUACUGUUCCACCUACAAAGCGUCACAGCCUACGCCCUGAUGGGAAAGAUCUCUCCCGUGACCUUCAGCGUUGCCAGUACUGUGAAACACGCUUUGUCUAUUUGGCUCAGUAUUAUCAUUUUUGGCAACAAGAUCACCAGCCUGUCAGCCGUUGGCACAGUCCUAGUGACAGUCGGUGUCCUACUCUACAACAAGGCCAAGCAGCACCAGCAGGAGGUCAUGCGGAGCUUGGCGGCAGUCCCCAGCAGAGCCCUGGAGGAGGAUGCGGAACCACUACUACCCUCGGACCCCCGACCACACCACUGA